GGUACAAUCAUACUUCAUAUACUGGACUGGUAUUGAGUCUUCAGUGGUGCGGGAUCGGAGUGCUGCUGCUUGGAGAGGCAGUAGGACAAAAAUGGUGGACGGAGCAAGCACCGUUUAUGCUGUACAAGAGACGGUUACUGCCCAGACAGCUCUCAGAGAUAAUAAGGUACAGAAGAACCAUACUAAUGAUGGAGCUACUCCUGGCCCUUUUCUGGGACGCCAUACAAAAUUAAAAGCCGCAACUGAAAUUCAGGAAUUUCUACAACUUCAAACCAAAAAUGAACACUCCAACUUUCCAACAAACAGCACUCUUUGGAUUAACCACAUAGUGACUAGAAGGAAGACUUUGACUUUAGGAUUUCCUCCAAGCAUCACCAAAAAGACUCCUGGAUUACCUCUAAUAACUGAUCCUUUUUCUCAUUCAACGAGCCCUUUUCCCUUACUUGACACUAGAUAUACGGUUACUUCAACAAAUUACCCGUUGACCAAAUUUUCCUCCUUAAACCGUCAUGGCCCCGUGUCCCCACAUAAGGAUGUAUCAACCAAAAGCAUGGAUCUGAACAUAAAAUCACAGGAGCAAAAUCCUGGAAGAAACACGACAAUGACUCCAAACACAACCCUAGGUCAACCCACUGAAGACUUUUACAGUACAUAUACCCCAAAACCUGAAUAUCAAAUUUUGAAAGAACAGGGCAAAAAUAAAUCCGCAAAGCCUGAAACGUCAGGUAGCGCAGAGAAAGUGACUAACAAUCAUACAACUUCACAAAUGAAUAGAAUUAAGACAGAGGUUACUCCCCCAUCCUACCAAGCAUCUUCAUUCAAGUCUUUGUUUCAAACAGUUGAAUCGAAUGUAGAUCUUAAGACUCAAAUUGAUACAAGUCACACCUUGAUGGGAGCCAAAAGUACCCCGAAACAAACCAAUUCACCUCUAACUACCACGACUCACAUCCAUCAAGCCGUGCAUGUAACUGAAACACCUCAAAGUAUCCCUCUUCAAGAAGAAAAAACCCAAACUGACACAUCAACGGAGUCUUACAGACCCUCUUUCCAACCACAAGGGGUUUAUUCUCAAUCACUGUUAACUACACAGCUAUUUGCAGUAUCCAGAGGAGAAAAUAAUCUGAAAUCUCAAGGCAAUGCCAAAAGGAUGACCCAGGUUGAUGGUCUUGUUCCAUCAAACAGCCAAUCGUCUUUUACAACUAUUGACUACCCUGUCAAUUCCACCUCCUCUGAUUCUUCACACAAUACUUCUGUUGUUCCCCUUGGUGAAAACUUCACCUUACAUCAGUCUGGGGGAUCAGUGACAUCACUUAAGCACCCAUCAGUCACAUCAAAAUCUUCUUAUCAUUCCAUCGCCCCCCACUCCAUGAACAAAGCCAAAACAAUCCCAGCUCAUUCUGUACCCCCUUCACCUUUCCCAAUCUCAGUGCCUCCGCAUUUAACAGCUCGACAAUACUAUACCAGUCCUCAGCCAACCUUUCCAACCCCAUCUGUCCUUUCUUCCUUUAGUGCCACCAACCAUCCAUCGACAACAUCCUUGCCUACUACAACCUUCCCUCAGUGUAUCACAACUUCUAGGUUUUCCACUUCCUCUACUAGGUCCCAAGCUUCCUCAUCAUUUUCUUACAAUUCUGUUCCUACAUUGUCCCCUUUGCCUUUCUCAGUAACUCCACCUUCAAUUUCACCCCCCUUAAAAUCUAGUUCAUCAUAUUUUACAUCAACAAUCACCUCUCCUUACCCAGAACCAACCUCCGCUACACCUCUUUUUAGAAAUACUCCCUUCCCAUCACCGGUGCCUCGCAAAACCACUGUAAAUGAGAGGCUGCUAACAGGGCCCCAUCAUCAAUUCUCUAAAACGCACUUUACCUCUCUGGCACAAAGAAAACUUGUCCAUCCAAACCCCAAACCUUAUCCCAACCUCAGACCAAAUCCUGGCCAAGAGAUCCAUCCAAACAUUCUCAAAAUUCAACCAAAGCGACCUUCAGAUCCCUCUGAAACUCCAGAUAUGGAUGGAAAGUAUCCAGACAUCAUCCCCAGACACAGAGCCUGGGAGAUAGGCAUGCUGUUGGGGUGCUCAGCUGGUUUGGGCAUGGUCCUGGUGGUCGGGAUAAGGUAUGUCUAUCGGAAAGCUUGUGGUAGACGGACGGAGGUGACCUUGAACGACCGGGAGCGAGAAUAUGGAAGAGGAGGGCAUGGGCUGAUUCAACUCCAGGAAUGUGGGGAUUUGGUCAGAGUUAGAAAAAUCAGAGAGAACAGUUUUGUGCUACUGGCAGAGUACGAUAUAUUGCCAUCAGCUACAAACUAAAAAGGACACUCAAGACAAUGUAUACAACAUCCAAACAGGCUAGUUGUAGGCGCCAGAUGCCUUUUUUAUGCUCAGUUUUGAAUUUGCCCCAUAUUAUGUAUAUUUGAUAUUCAUGUUUCAUGUCAUUUUGAUAUUAAUUUGAAAUUCAUGAGUGAUAUUAAUAAUUUAGUUUAAAGUAAAACAACAUAUGCACAAGGUUGAAAUUUGGAUUUAGAAUACCCAAAGGCCGUUACUUAGUGGGGCUUUAAUGACUGUAGAAUCCUUCGCAGUAGAGCAGCCAUUCUUAGAUUGACACGGCAGGAGGAAGAUUGGUGCAUUUUUUCUGUAUGUGUUGUUAUCAUACUGUGGUCUGCAGAGCCUUAGAUUUAGAUUUAUGAAAGUUUAGCCAGCAUAUUUUCGUUUGUAUUUGUU